UCUCUGCACUUUUUUGGAAACAGGGAAGAGACUAGCUGGUGACGGGCAUUGGCUGCCGUGCGUUUUCUCGAUUAGUUUUUUCCGCGCUGGAAGUUCCGCUCUGAUUGGUGAGAAGACCGAGGAUCUGCAGGGAAGGUUGAGUAUUAUUGUAUUGCUUCCAUGUUGACUGUGCAGCUCGCUUGCUUGCUUCCCAUGAUAAGAUAAGCAUUUCGAUUUUCACGGAUCGUGCCAGAGGUUCUUGUUCAUGCGCUCUUCUCGUUCUUCGUGCGAACCGCUGGGUGGGUUCGGUUCGGCUUGCUCGAGACGGACAGAAAAGCUCGGUUCGCUUGUGAAACCAAGUGGUGAUCGGUUUUGCUGCCGCUUGACGUUAUCUGUCAUUUUUGGAGGUCGCGCUUGACUUGAAUUUCUAUCCGAAGAGAGACUCUUUUAGCUGUUCUUGUUCGGGUUGGUGAUCCAAGGCUCGAAAGAAAUCGCCGGUGUUUUGUAGUCAGCGAAGCCUAAUGAUUUGGGCAAUGUCUUAAUCCGUCGCAGCUUUCCUGUCGUGUCUCUGAAGGCGAAGGAGAAGGUGAAGUUUCGGUGCAAUCCGAACCCAAGUCCGAGUGCUCAAGUUCUUCGCAUUUCUUGAUAUGAGCUGUCUCGGUGGAAUGAUUCCUUGAUAUAUUGUUUGCGGAGAAAAAAAGGAGCUGCAGAUGCAGGAGCUUUGACGAGUGUGUUUCCGAUUCGGACGUGCUCUAGAGAAACUUCGAUUCUGCCUAGGUCUCGUAGUUCUUGGAGCUCAAAUCUUCUGGGACGCCAGGUGUUUGAAUUCCUUACGCAAUGAGUCAACACCAGAAGCAAGGCAAGCCGGAAAAGGAGACGGCUGAUGUGGGUGAAAGUGUGGUGGUUGCUGUUAAGGCAUCUAGAGAAAUUCCUAAGACUGCUCUUGUCUGGGCAUUGACCCACGUUGUUCAACCUGGGAACUGCAUAUUGUUGUUGGUUGUGGUUCCUCAGCAGAAUUCAGGUAGAAGAUUGUGGGGUUUCCCAAGAUUUGCUGGGGAUUGUGCUAAUGGUAAUUCGAAGUAUUACUCAGGAUCUAGUGCAGAGCAGAAAAGUGACAUUACAGACUCCUGCUCCCAGAUGAUCCUUCAGCUCCACAAUGUUUACAAUCCGAAUAAGAUAAAUGUCCAGAUAAGGAUUGUCUCCGGCUCUCCUUGUGGGGCUGUGGCCGCGGAGGCCAAGAAAGCUCAAGCUAGUUGGGUGGUAUUAGACAAACAGCUCAAGCAUGAGGAAAAACAAUGCCUGGAGGAGCUACAGUGCAAUAUUGUGGUUAUGAGGCGGUCGCAACCAAAGGUCCUCCGCUUGAAUCUGGUGGGAUCACUGAAAAAGGAAUCUGAACAUGCGGGUGCGUCGACUUCUGAGAUGGAUCGAGCAUUGCAUAAGCAUCACAGUGGCAAAAGCGAUGCUUCAAAUUCUAUCCGAGGGCCAGCAGUGACUCCAAAUAGUAGUCCAGAAUCAGGGACGGUCUUCACGAAUACUGAAGUGGGGACCUCAUCAGUGUCAAGCUCUGAUCCUGGAACUUCCCCAUUUUUCACCUCAGAAAUGACUAGAGAAAUAAGAAAACAAGAACUAAUGUCCAUAGAAGAAUCAAAGAAUCUUGAUCAAUGUACUUCAGACUCCGAAAGUGAAACUCAAUCGCUAUCUUCAACGAGCUUGAGGUUUGAUUCAUGGAUGUCAGAAGUUCUUAGUUCUCACUGUCCACCCACGAGAUGCUUUCAAGAAGACUCUGUAGGAGUAAGAGCUAAUAUCAAGGCCCAUACACCAGUUGGGAAGACAUCGCCAAAUAAGUUCUCACAACAGGAUGGAAAAGUUGAUAUUAGAGUGCCAAACUGCGGAAAUGAUUUGGAAUACGGUGGAAAUGUGAGAGAAGCAACUUCAGUAUCCAGACAUGCACCUCCUGGUCCCCCUCCAUUGUGUUCCAUAUGCCAGCACAAGGCCCCUGCUUUUGGGAAACCUCCAAAAUGGUUUAGCUAUGCUGAGCUCGAGCUUGCUACCGGAGGAUUUUCAAAGGCUAAUUUCUUGGCAGAGGGAGGUUUUGGAUCUGUGCAUAGAGGGGUACUUCCAGAUGGCCAGGCGGUUGCUGUCAAGCAACACAAAUUGGCUAGUUCUCAGGGUGAUCAAGAGUUCUGUUCAGAAGUUGAGGUCCUGAGCUGCGCUCAGCACCGAAAUGUUGUUAUGCUGAUUGGAAUUUGUGUAGAGGACAAUAGAAGGCUGUUGGUUUAUGAGUACAUUUGCAAUGGUUCAUUGGAUUCUCACCUUUAUGGCUGUCAUCAAGAGCCAUUAGAAUGGUCAUCACGGCAAAAGAUCGCCAUUGGAGCUGCUCGAGGACUACGGUAUCUUCAUGAAGAAUGUAGAGUGGGUUGCAUUAUCCACCGUGAUAUGCGGCCGAACAACAUCCUUGUGACUCAUGAUUUCGAACCUUUGGUCGGUGAUUUUGGACUGGCAAGGUGGCAACCUGAUGGAGAUAUCAGCGUAGAAACAAGAGUACUUGGUACUUUUGGGUAUUUGGCUCCAGAGUACGCACAAACAGGCCAUAUUACAGAAAAGGCUGAUGUGUUUUCAUUUGGGGUGGUCUUGGUGGAGCUGGUGACCGGAAGAAAAGCAGUGGAUCUUAAUCGGCCAAAGGGCCAGCAGUGUCUGGCAGAGUGGGCACGCCCCUUGUUGGAAGAGUACGCAAUUCAUGAACUGAUCGACCCUCGCCUGGGAGAUCAAUUUUCCGAGCAGGAGGUUUAUUGCAUGCUCCAUGCUGCAUCACUGUGUAUUCGACGGGAUCCUGAGUCAAGACCUCGCAUGUCACAGGUGCUUCGGAUCCUGGAAGGGGACGGGCACAUAGACACGAAUUACAUGUCUAUUUCCGGGGUCGAUGUUGGGAGCCAUAGUGGAAGGAUCCGCAACGAGCAGCAAUACCACAGUGGUCCUCUGUUGGAUGAAACCAGGCAAGCGUUCACUAGAAGACACUCUCUUCAGACACUAGGUACUUCUUUUCGGGAGAGAGAGAGAGCAAGGAGGAGAUCAUAUGGGGAAGCUCUAUGAACUAGCAAGAGAAGCUCAUCUCAUCAGACAACUAUGUCACACGAAUCCCUUUGGUAAUUUUUGGACAUCUUCCUCUUUUGUCCCUCCACUCUUAGAUUUUUCUCCUGUACAGUGAAAGGGUAGUUCAUAUCAACCUAGUUAAGUAUUGUUAUUCCUCCAACAUUUGACUAUUUGAGAAGAAUACUGAUCAUAUAGCAAUAUCGAGCCGCUGAGGCAACUUUCUAUAUUGCA